CGGGCCCGGGGCUGGGGUUGCGGUGGGGCGGCGUUCCUUGGUCUGUCGCUGCUCGGCCUCGUGCUGUACCUGGUGCCGGCGGCGGCUGCGCUGGCCUGGCUGGCCGUGGGGGCUACCGCGGCCUGGUGGGGACUGAGCCGCGAGCCCCGAGGUUCGCGCGCCUUCUCCUCGCUCGUUCGGAACGCGCGGCGUCAGCGAUUACUGCUCGCCUCGCCUCCGGCCAAGUCGGCAGUCAACGGAAAUCUCUUAGAGCCGCGGACCCUGCUGGAAGGACCGGACCCCGCCGAACUGCUCCUUGUGGGUAGUUACCAGGGCAAGCCGGGCCCCCCGCAGACUGCCCGGGUCCCGGAGGCCAGGGACCUGCGGGAGAGGCAGAUCCGUCGCCCGCCCACCCGCACCUCUCCGCUGGCUCACUCGAGUCAUCGCGUUCACCACAUUCAGUCGUCUCACCCCACUCCUCUUUUCCAACCCUCCAGGAGGCCUUCCCACAGGGAUUGUGGGACUUUAUCAAAUCGGUUUUUAAUAACACCUCGAAGACAAUAUCCAAUUCAGCAGGCCCAAUAUUCCUUUCUGGGGGUACUUCCCACAGUGUCCUGGAAUGGUUAUCACAAGAAGACUGUGCUAUCUCCUCAUAAUUCCAAAAUGGUGUGCAGCCCAGUGACAGUGAGAAUUGCUCCUCCUGAUAGCAAAUUGACUCGUUCUCCAAUACCAGAACAGUUAAUUAGCUCAACACUGUCCUCACCAUCAAGUAAUGCUCCAGAUCCAUGUGCAAAGGAGACUGUACUGAGUGCCCUCAAAGAGAGGAAGAAAAGAACAGUGGAGGAGGAAGAACAAAUACUCACUGAUGGCCAGGAAAAUAAAAGAAGGCGCCAUGAUAGCAGUGGGAGUGGACAUUCAGCAUUUGAGCCUCUGGUGGCCAAUGGAGUCCCUGCUUCUUUUGUGCCUAAGCCUGGGUCUCUGAAAAGAGGUCUCAAUUCCCAGAGCUCAGAUGACCACUUGAAUAAGAGAUCCCGUACCUCCUCUAUGAGCUCCAUGACGAGCACAUACACAGGUGGCAUUCCUAGCUCCAGCCGCAAUGCAAUUACCAGUUCUUACAGUUCUACUCGAGGUUUCUCUCAGCUAUGGAAGAGAAGUGGUCCCAGUUCAUCACCCUUUUCCAGCCCAGCCUCAUCCCGCUCCCAGACACCAGAGAGGCCAGCAAAGAAAAUAAGAGAAGAGGAACUUUCUCAUCAUUCUAGUCCUUCAACCCCAUUAGUAACCGACAAGGAGUCCCAGGGAGAAAAGGUUGUAGAUACAACCACAUGGAAGAAACAGAACUUGAGGAAUUCCCCAUCUACACCUGGCAGCUCUGGGCAGCGUAAACGGAAGAUUCAGCUGCUGCCCUCCAGGCGAGGGGACCAGCUGACUUUGCCUCCACCUCCCCAGCUUGGUUAUUCAAUUACUGCUGAGGACCUAGACUUGGAAAAGAAAGCUUCAUUACGGUGGUUUAACAAGGUCUUGGAAGAUAAGACUGAUGCUUCCUCGAGCUCUGUCACUGAGAACCCACCUACCACUCAGCCUUUUACUUUUACCCUGCCUACUGCUGGGACUGCUUCCUCCCCAACCUCUCCCCCAGCCCCAAGCACUAACCCACUGUUGGAGAGCUUGAAGAAGAUGCAGAAUUCCCCAGGCCCACCAUCCUUCCCAGAUGAUUCAGCUGGAGUGGCAACCACUGUGGCCCAUUCGCCUCUGAAGACACCCGGCCUUCUGAGCCCUCUUGGCUCUUCACAGUCAGAGCCCCUUCCAGGCACCUCCUCAGACUCCAAAUCCACAGCUACUUUCUUGGGGUUGACCCCUACUUCUUCCACGACAGUAGUCACUGACACCACCAAGUCACCUCUGUCCCCUCAGGCUGAGACAUCUGCCACAACCCAAGCCCUGUCUGCCCCAUCCCCCACCCCCAAGCCAAGUCUUCUGUUUGGAAUGCUGAGCACUCCACCGGCUAACCCUUCUGUCUCUGUAGCGCCUGCUAUGUCUUCAACAUCUCCCAAGUUCAAGCCCAUUUUUGUGGUCCCACCCAAAAGCGAGAAUGAGAGCCCCUUGCCAUGUAGCCCUUCCAAGGUCACAACCCCAGCAUCUUUUAGCUCUGCCCUCCCCACAACUACCAGCACCUCACCCCUCACUUUCAAGCCUAUUUUUGACAACAUAGGGCUACCUACAUCUGUGCCCUUGUCAACUCCCUUCUCCUUCAAUCAAACAACUACUCCAGCCACAACCACAGGCACCCCUCUUUUCACUGGCCAGGCCAGUGCCACCUCAACAGUGGCUUCCGUGACCACAGCCAGCACUUCUGCAGACUCGGCUUCAAAGCCUGCCUUUGGCUUUGGUGUGAGCAAUGUGACCAGCACCAUGAACAGCAUGACUAGCACCACCACUUCCACCUCCCAGCCUUUCCUCUUUGGGAAUCCCCCUGCCUCUGGUGCCAGCUUUACUCCAGCCAUAGGCCCCAUAUUCCAGUUUGGCAAGCUUCCUGCCAUGCCUACUUCAACAACGACGACAACGACCACCACCACCACCUUUGGCCAGUCCCUACCCAGUGCCGUGCAGGCAGCCACCAGCAACAGCACCGCUGGCUUUAGUGGUUUUGGCAGCACCCUUACAACCUCGGCCCCGGUCACCACCAGCCAGCCUACCCUGACAUUCAGUAGCACUACCACCCCAACAUUCAACAUUCCCUUUGGCUCAAGCACCAAGGCCCCUCUCCCAUCAUAUCCAGGAGCCAACCCCCAGCCUUUUGGGGCCACUGAUGGGCAGCAACAGGGGGCUACAAAGCCAACCCUUGCCCCCAGCUUUGGCAACUCUUUUACUUUUGGAAACUCUGCAGCCCCAGCCCCAACUGCAACUCCAGCACCAACCCCAAGCCAGCCAGCCUUUGGCAACACUGCGCAGUCAGCUUUUGGUGGUUUGAAACCCACAGCCUCUGCCUUCGGCACCCCUGCCAGCACCCAGCCAGCCUUUGGCAGCACCACAGCUGUUUUCUCCUUUGGUGCAGCCACCACUUCUGGUUUUGGAGCUACAACCCAGACCACCAGCAGCGGGACCAGUAGCUCAGUGUUUGGCAGCACAGCACCAUCACCCUUCACGUUUGGGGGCUCAGCAGCCCCAGCUGGCAGUGGGGGGUUUGGGAUCAAUGUGGCUACCCCAGGCACCAGCUCUACCUCUGGAGCAUUCAACUUUGGAGGAGGACAGAGUGGGACCACCGGCAGCACAGCCCCCUUUGGGGGAGGCUUGAGUCAAAACACGUUGGGCGCAUCCAGCCAGAGCACACCCUUUGCCUUCAAUGUGGCCAGCACGCCUGAGAGUAAGCCUGUGUUUGGAGGCACCUCCACACCCACCUUUGGUCAGAACACCCCUACCCCUGGAGUGGGCACAUCAGGCAGCAGCCUCUCCUUUGGGGCAUCCUCAACACCCACCCAAGGCUUUGUUGGAGUCGGACCCUUUGGAUCGGCGGCCCCUUCAUUUUCCAUUGGUGCAGGAUCCAAGACCCCAGGGGCUCGACAGCGACUGCAGGCCCGAAGGCAACACACCCGCAAGAAAUAGCCUUUGUCCCUUGCCUCCAUUCCCCAACCCCUUGCCCAAAUCUGGACCUUGGUACCUGCUAGGAAGAGCCUCUAACCCAUCUAGUUCCAUAAAGCAAACCUACACCAGACCUCUGGCUUCAGCCACCAGGGAGGUGGUAGCAGCCCUGGGGCUAUUUCCCUUCGAGGAAGCAGAAGCCUCAGACCUCUUGGUGGAGGGGGAGGCAGGAUGUGGCAGGGCAGAAGCCUGAUACCUUUACUUGAACAGUUCCACUGGUGAGGCUGGAGAGAACUAAAGAAACAUCUGUACAUAUUGUCCACUUCUCUGACUUGUUUUGUGUAUAAGCUUAGUCAGGCGGCCUUCCUUCCCGCCUUUCCCCGAGAGCCGUCUUUGCUGGAGGGUAGCAAAUAGAGCCCUGCCCACCUCUCUCUCUCUCUGGUAUGCAUUUGAUGGGAUUGGGGGAAAUGGAUUAUCCCUAAAGCUUUACCUUGCUUGGCUUGGCUAUAAAAAGUGGUUCUCUGGUCCCUUUAGGGGACUGUUUCCUCAUUUCUUGCUGCUUUGUCCCUCAACUGGUUCCUUGCAGGAUCUAUUGCUCUUUAAAUGAUCUGAAUCAAGCUUUGCCUUGAAGACCCCAGUGGAUGCUGCUCCUGUUGUUUCACUUCCUCUUGCCAAGUCUGAGUCAGUGUUUUGUCCCCAACCCUUUCUGCCAGUUUGGCCCCUAAAAGCUUGGUGGCUCAAGACUGUUAGCCUGGCAGAUCCAGGAGUGAUCCCUCACUCCAGGGAGGGAAGCUCUUGGAGCAGACAGGAUGCUCACCGCUGCUUUCAGCUGCCUCCUUGCCCACCAUCCCCGCUGGCCUCAUUGGGCAUGUCUGCCUCUCCGGGAUUGUAUGUUUAAAGCCUUGUCCUGUGUUACUUUGUCUGAUGCUCAUGUCUAUUUCUCUUUGAAUCGAGUUUGGAGGAAGAAUUGAAUUGUAUGAGUGGCGGCAUGUUGGUAGUGCCGGACUUAACUGUUUCAAGGUUCUGGGACUUAGCUAAUUGAAUGUGGAAAGUAGCACCACUUUAUGGCUACAAGUGCCAACUCUUGGAUUUUCAAAUGGUGUUUUGACUUUAAGGGCUGGCAGCCCAGGAGGAUAGGGCCAUGGGGAAGCAAAGACCUCUUCCCUCUGCUGUUUCUCUCCUACUUAUCUGACCUCACAGGAGGCUAAAUCACCCCUAGUAUAUGUUAGAAAACCUAAAUUAAUGAACCACACUUUCAAAUUCUUAGUUGUCAUCCCCCCCACCCCUCCCAGCAGGGCCUCCAACCCUUCUUUUCUUCCUUUGUUUCAAAACCACAUACCCCAGGCCUAACAGCCUUGCUGCCAUGCCCAUCCUCUUUGGGAGAAGUAUGAAUGUGUGUGUCUAAAUUAAAAGAAAAAAAUAUUUAAACAUUUUUUAACAAAAUAAAAAUUUAUUUUUGUAUUUAAGCUAAAUUGCCUUUUAAAUUCCUUCAAGCUUGGUUCACUGAGGUGGUUAAGUAUAAAUGCUGUUGAUUAGGAAUUAGCUGUAUAGUUAAGUUAUGCCUGUGUGAAGAAGAGGUUCCAGUGCUGUCCAGGCAGCUUUCCUGAGGGACUAGAGCUCCUUCUGGACACAUUAUGUAAACUGUAAUUCUUAUUUUAUAAAUAAUGUGAUGUAGGUGUAACUAGUCUCUCCUCACCCUUUUGUGACUGAGGUUGAAUGUUUUGUGGCAGGGGACUGACUGCUCCUCCCUGCCCCCAAGAAGAGCUCUGUUAAUACUUAACUGUCUGUGGAGCUGAGGAGGGAGCCUGAACCUCAAGUCCCAAAUACCUACUAGAAUUGGAGGGGUGGAGUGGGGCACGGGCCUAGAAAUCAAGCUUCUACCUAUACCUUACGUAAGGUAGACCCUCUUAGUUUUAGUACUCUAAGCUAGUUUACCUCAGUUCCACAGGCAGGACAGUUGGUCCAGGAAUCCCCUGAAGAGGGUGUCCUGGCACAGCCUGAGUGUGAGUGUGUGAGUGUGUAUGUGUACAUGUACGUGCACUGGACAGGAACGGGAGGCUGGGACUUUCCAUUACAAAUAAAGACUUAAUUCCUGUGAGUCUAGUUGGAAUUUUUAGUAUGAAUGUGAGAUUUUUCUCCUUGCUUAUGUCAUUAAGAAUAAAAAAAAACUGUGAUCUAUCGUA